GCGGCGGCGGGUCCGGCAGUGGCGGCGGCGGCAGGUGGCCCCGCGCGCGGCGGCCGGCCUGGCCGGGGGCGGGCGCGAAGGUGGCGCCUCGGGCGGGGGCCGGUCCCUGCACCAGGUGACCUGUUCCGGCCGGGAUCCGGGCGCCCUCGCCAUGCAGCGGCGCUGCGCGGGGCUCGGGCGGCCACGGCAGCAGCAGCAACACCCCCCGCCGCCCGCGGUCGGUCCCCGGGCCGCAGCCAUGGUCCCCCCGAGCGGCGGCGGCCCCCCAGACCUCGGCGGCCGUCCUGCCUGCGCGCUGCUCCUGCUCUGCUACCUGAAUUUUGUGCCGUCUUGGGGCCGGCAGACCUCCCUGACGACAUCAGUGAUAUCCAACACUGAGCAGAGCGUGGCUUACAAAGACUUCAUUUAUUUCACUGGCGUUGAAGGAAAUGUUCGCAACAUUUCUGAAGUCUCGGUUGAGUAUUUGUGCUCUCAGCCUUGCGUUGUCAGUUUGGAAGCGGUUGUCUCAUCCGAGUUCAGGAGUAGCAUUCCUGUGUACAAAAAACGGUGGAAGAAUGAGAAGCAUCUUCACACCAGCAGGACACACUUGGUGCAGGUGAAAUUUCCAAGCAUCAUGGUUUACAGAGAUGACUAUUUCAUCAGACACUCCAUUUCCGUGUCGGUGGUGAUACUCCGCGCCUGGAUUACUCACAGAUACACUGGUGGAGACGUGAAUGUUAAAUGGGACGAAAACUUGCUACACGCUGUCGCGAAGAAUUAUACUCUGCUGAAGACGGUCCCGCCUUUUGAGCGCCCUUUCAAAGACCAUCAAGUGUGCCUUGAGUGGAACAUGGGUUAUAUUUGGAACCUUCAGGCAAACAAGAUUCCCCAGUGUCCUCUUGAAAAUGAUGUGGUCACCCUCCUGGGCUUUCUCUAUGCCUCCAGUGGAGAGAACACAGGCAUCGUGAAGAAGUUGCCGAGAUUUCGGAACCGUGAGCUGGAGGCCACCCGGCACCAGCGGAUAGAUUACCCAGUGUUUACUGUUUCAUUGUGGCUUUAUUUACUCCAUUAUUGCAAGGCCAGUCUCUGCGGGAUUCUGUACUUUGUUGAUUCCAACGAGAUGUACGGCACGCCUUCUGUAUUUCUUACCGAAGAGGGCCUCUUGCAUAUUCAAAUGCAUCUUGUCAAAGGAGAUGACCUUGCGGUAAAGACGAAAUUCACCCUGCCUUUGAAGGAGUGGUUUCGCUUGGAUAUUUCGUUCAACGGAGGCCAGAUGGUACGCAGACCUCCCUCGGUGGCCAGGUUUAUCUCAUUUCCUUUUUCUGAAGAGAAAAGAAAUCAGAUAGUUGUCACCACCAGCAUUGGACAGGAUCUGAAAAGUUACCACAAUCAGACCAUUAGAUUCCUGGAGGACUUCCAUUAUAAUGACACUGCUGGGUACUUCAUUAUCGGAGGGAGCAGGUAUGUGGCCGGCAUUGCAGGGUUUUUCGGACCUCUGAAAUACUACCGUCUCCGCACUCUGCACCCUGCACAGAUUUUUAAUCCCCUCCUUGAGAAACAACUUGCUGAACAAAUCAAGUUAUAUUACGAAAGGUGUGCAGAAGUUCAAGAAAUAGUGUCUGUGUACGCAUCCACAGUACAACAAGGCAGCAGGAGCCAAGAAGCAUGUGACCUGCGGAACUCCUACUUGGACCUGAGGCGCAGGUACGGGAGACCCUCCAUGUGCAGAGCCUUCCCCUGGGGGAAGGAGCUGAGAGCCCAGCACCCCAGCUUGUUCCAGUCCUUGAUGGAAAUGGGUCUGCUGACGGUGCCAACGCACCAACAUGAGUCCGUGUUGGAGAUCGGCGGGAUGAUAUUUGAGAAGGCUGCAAAGAGACUCUCCAGUGUUGAUGGUCUUCACCGAAUUAGUUCUGUGGUCCCCCUUCUGAUGGAUUCCAGCUGCUGCGGGUAUCAUAAAGCAUCCUACUACCUCUCGGUCUUUUAUGAAACUGGAUUAAAUAUACCUCGGGAUCGGCUGCAGGGCAUGUUGUAUAGUUUGGUUGGAGGCCAGGGCAGUGAGAGGCUGUCUUCAAUGAAUCUUGGGUACAAACACUUCCAAGGUAUUGACAACUACCCCCUGGACUGGGAGCUGUCCUACGCCUACUACAGCAAUAUUGCCACAAAGACACCCCUGGACCAGCAGACGCUACAAGGAGAUCAGGCAUACGUUGAAACAAUUAGACUAAGAGAUGAUGAAAUACUCAAGGUGCAAACCAAAGAAGGUGGGGACGUCUUUAUGUGGUUGAAGCACGAAGCUAUCCGAGGCAACGCGGCGGCUCAGCAACGCUUGGCCCAGAUGUUGUUCUGGGGGCAGCAAGGUGUGGCCAAGAAUCCUGAAGCGGCGAUCGAGUGGUACGCCAGGGGUGCCCUGGAGACCGAGGACCCCGCGUUAAUAUACGACUACGCCAUUGUGUUAUUCAAGGGUCAAGGAGUAAAAAAGAACAGACGGCUCGCCCUGGAGCUGAUGAAGAAAGCAGCUUCCAAGGGAUUGCAUCAGGCAGUCAAUGGUCUGGGAUGGUAUUACCACAAAUUCAAGAAAAAUUAUGUCAAAGCGGCAAAGUACUGGUUAAAAGCAGAAGAAAUGGGGAACCCAGACGCAUCAUACAAUCUUGGGGUCCUGUACUUGGAUGGCGUUUUCCCAGGAGUUCCUGGGAAGAAUCAGACUUUAGCUGGAGAAUAUUUCCAUAAGGCUGCGCAAGGCGGACACAUCGAAGGAACCUUGUGGUGUUCUCUCUACUAUAUAACAGGCAACCUGGAGACGUUCCCUAGAGACCCCGAGAAGGCUGUUGUGUGGGCAAAGCACAUCGCUGAGAAAAAUGGCUACCUGGGCCACGUCAUUCGGAAAGGCCUCAACGCCUACCUGGAGGGCUCAUGGCACGAAGCUUUGCUGUAUUAUGUUUUAGCAGCAGAAACUGGUAUUGAAGUGUCACAGACAAAUUUAGCACACAUCUGUGAGGAGAGGCCGGACCUGGCCAAGAGAUAUUUGGGUGUUAACUGUGUUUGGAGAUACUAUAAUUUCUCUGUUUUUCAAAUCGAUGCUCCUUCAUUUGCCUAUUUGAAAAUGGGAGACCUUUACUACUAUGGCCACCAAAACCAGUCACAAGACCUGGAGCUGUCAGUGCAGAUGUACGCCCAAGCGGCACUGGAUGGGGACUCGCAGGGGUUUUUUAACCUGGCCCUGCUCAUUGAGGAAGGUGCUAUAAUCCCACAUCACAUUUUGGAUUUCUUGGAAAUUGACCCAACUCUCCAUGCGAAUAACAUCUCCAUCCUCCAGGAACUAUACGAAAGGUGCUGGAGCCACAGUAGUGAGGAGUCCCUGAGCCCCUGCUCCCUGGCCUGGCUCUACCUUCACUUCCGGCUCAUCUGGGGUGCUGUCCUGCACUCUGCCCUGAUCUAUUUCCUGGGAACCUUCCUGCUGUCUGUGUUGAUCGCCUGGACCCUGCAGUAUUUCCAGUCUGUCUCAGCCAACAGUUUCAACGUGACACCAGCCAGGGCCUCCCCAGACGACACCGCUCCCACUGCAAGUCCAGCUGUGACUCCAGCUGCAGAUGUCUCUGCUCAGGACCAGCCCACAGUCACUAAUAACCCAGAGCCACGUGGGUGAACUGUGCACUCCAGGUCUCUCUCGAUGAGAGAGAGUCCUUUGGAUGGGUGGUAUUGUAAAGCUGGGGCCAGGGCAUUGUACUGAUAAACACCUUGAAAGUCUUGUCAACUGGAUGUGAAUUUUGCACUUGGUGUCUUUUUUUUUUUUUUUUUUUAAUCAAAUGACAAAGGAGUGCCCAGAGCAUUCAAACAAAUACAAGAACCAUCCUGAUCUAAGGAGUGUGUUGGAGGUUAGCUGGGUCAUCGCAGACGUCCAUUCCCAGUGACUCUGUGUAUUGGUAGUCACAGUUUGCCCAGCCACAUAUCGCAAUCCUUAUAUCCUGGGACGUCAUUUACGAAUCUUAGCCCCUUGUUCAUCCCCUUUUAUUCAAUAACAGAAAAUUGUGACUUUUCUACAAGUAGGUAAUAUUCUGGUACAUGUGUUUGCCACAGCCCUGCUCCUCGGAGUCCAACCAAGAGAUUGCAAUUUGGCUUCUAACACCCAGUAGUUCUGAGGCGCUUUGACAUAAAUCGGUUGUGGCUGGAAGUGCAGGGAAGGCGAUGGCUUUGUAAAUUGGUUUACAUUUUGCUCCUUGAAUUUUUCUAGGGUUGUAGUGCUUCCGAAUCAUUCAAUGACAUUGUUGGGCAUCGGUUACCUUUCAAUUGCAAUCCAUAAAAUAACAUUUAGAAAAUGCUUAGUAUUUAAGUGUAGCCUUCUCCAUGAAUUACCCAUUAGAAUAGACUGGCAGCAGUGGGAUGUGCAGGAAAAAUGCCUUUAAUUCACAGUCAUCCCCACCCCUUAUGCCUGCCUGAGUCCAUGUAGGGGUGUGUGUGUGUGUGUGUGUGUGUGUGUGAGUGAGAGAGAGAGAGAGAGAGAGAGAGAGAGAGAGAGAGAGAGAGAGAGAGAGAGAGAGAGACAGAGGGAGAGGAAAGGCAGACUGUGCACUGUAUGCUGCUAAGGUGGUAAAUAAAUCAGUAAUGCAAUAUUGUGGGUCCAAACUACUCUUUGCACUACUUUAUUUACAGUAGUAAA